CGGCCAUAUCGGCAUGCAAAAAAUUUCUCGUUGCCUUGCUUGCAAUUGGCGACAAAACCACAAAAAAGGAACGAAAAACUAGUGUGACGACGAUUCUAUACAAAUCAAAUCGAGAAGCAGCGGUGUAAAGACGACGGCGAUUAUCAACCAUUUUAAAAGAUUUCAGAGCGACUUUACCCUGCGUACACCCAACGACAUUGAAAAACACACACACACGCAUACAUUAUAGAAGAGAAGCGGCGGCUUGUCAGAGAAACAGAAGAAAAAACGUAGUAGAGAAAAAAAGUUAAGCAAAAAAAGCAAGAACAAGAACGAAGGCGACCAAGUCGUAACUGAAAUACAGAAGCACAACGACCGACGCCGGGAUUCAAACGAAACUGUUGUUAAAUUGUUAAAAUAAAAUUAACAAACAAGAACGCAGAAAAAAGGCAUUAAAACACCUUUUCUCUACAAAUACACAAAAACAACAACAGCAACUCUACCACAAAUAAACUAUUUGCACAAUGUCUGAACGGGAAAAUAAUGUGUACAAGGCUAAAUUGGCCGAACAAGCAGAACGCUAUGAUGAAAUGGUUGAGGCCAUGAAAAAAGUUGCCUCCAUGGAUGUGGAAUUAACCGUUGAGGAGCGUAAUCUCUUAUCGGUUGCCUACAAAAAUGUGAUUGGCGCACGUCGUGCCUCAUGGCGUAUAAUUACCUCAAUUGAACAAAAAGAGGAGAAUAAGGGUGCCGAGGAGAAAUUGGAAAUGAUCAAAACCUAUCGCGGACAAGUCGAAAAAGAAUUACGCGACAUAUGCUCGGACAUAUUAAAUGUUUUAGAGAAACAUCUCAUUCCAUGUGCCACCACAGGCGAAAGCAAAGUAUUCUACUAUAAAAUGAAGGGUGAUUAUCAUCGUUAUUUGGCCGAAUUUGCCACCGGUUCGGAUCGCAAAGAUGCGGCCGAAAAUUCAUUGAUUGCCUAUAAGGCAGCUAGUGAUAUUGCUAUGAAUGAUUUGCCACCAACACAUCCAAUUCGUUUGGGUUUGGCGCUUAACUUUUCGGUAUUCUAUUAUGAAAUUUUGAACUCACCCGAUCGCGCCUGCCGUUUGGCGAAAGCAGCAUUCGAUGAUGCCAUUGCAGAACUUGAUACAUUAAGUGAAGAAAGUUACAAAGAUUCCACACUUAUCAUGCAACUGCUGAGGGACAACCUUACAUUAUGGACAUCGGAUAUGCAAGCCGAUGGUGAUGGUGAACAGAAAGAACAAAUCCAAGAUGUUGAAGAUCAGGAUGUGUCGUAAUUUAAGUAAACCCCCCACAAAAACAAAAAAAAAAACAAAAAACAAA